AUGCUAGUGAAGCCGGGUCAAUGUCACAUACCGGAGACGAUUCCACUGUGUGCUGAUAGCUGUUUCAAUGAUGGCCAGUGUCCUGCCACACAGAAAUGUUGCCCAACCACCGGUGGCUUUGCAUGCAGUGAACCGCGACAGGGAAGCGGCUUUGGCCAGGGUGCAGGACAGGGAAGCGGCUUUGGCCAGGGUGCGGGACAGGGAAGCGGCUUUGGCCAGGGCGCGGGACAGGGAAGCGGCGCUGGAGCAGGACAGGGAAGCGGCUUUGGCCAGGGCGCGGGACAGGGAAGCGGCUUUGGCCAGGGCGCGGGACAGGGAAGCGGCGCUGGCCAGGGCGCGGGACAGGGAAGCGGCGCUGGCCAGGGCGCGGGACAGGGAAGCGGCGCUGGCCAGGGCGAGGGACAGGGAAGCGGCGCUGGCCAGGGUGCGGGACAGGGAAGCGGCGCUGGCCAGGGUGCGGGACAGGGAAGCGGCGCUGGCCAGGGUGCGGGACAGGGAAGCGGCGCUGGAGCAGGACAGGGAAGCGGCUUUGGCCAGGGUGCGGGACAGGGAAGCGGCUUUGGCCAGGGCGCGGGACAGGGAAGCGGCGCUGGCCAGGGUGCAGGACAGGGAAGCGGCGCUGGAGCAGGACAGGGAAGCGGCUUUGGCCAGGGCGCGGGACAGGGAAGCGGCUUUGGCCAGGGCGCGGGACAGGGAAGCGGCUUUGGCCAGGGCGCGGGACAGGGAAGCGGCUUUGGCCAGGGCGCGGGACAGGGAAGCGGCUUUGGCCAGGGCGCGGGACAGGGAAGCGGCUUUGGCCAGGGCGCGGGACAGGGAACUGGACAGGGCGCGGGACAGGGAAGCGGCUUUGGCCAGGGCGCUGGACAGGGAAGCGGCUUUGGCCAGGGACAGGGAAGCGGCUAUGGCCAGGGACAGGGAAGCGGCUAUGGCCAGGGACAGGGAAGCGGCUAUGGCCAGGGACAGGGAAGCGGCUAUGGCCAGGGACAGGGAAGCGGCUAUGGCCAGGGUGCGGGACAGGGUAGUGGAGCUGGCCAGGGUGCGGGACAGGGA